AUGACAGCAUUGUUUUCUAUCGAUCAGGUAAAGUAUGAGUGUAGUUGCGGUGAAUGGGAAAGUUUGAAUCGCUUGUACUUUUGUCGACACUGUUCCAAUAUACGGUGUAUAUUAUGCGUAUGCCAAGAAAUGGACACGUCAUUCUGUCCAUCUUGUCUCGACAAUGUAUCGACUGGUGAAGCACGGCAAAAAAGGAAUCGGUGCUCGAACUGCUAUCAGUGUCCAAUUUGUGGAGUGAGUGCUGUCAUACGGGCAUCUAAUGAAACUUAUCACUUGUCAUGCAAUACGUGUCGUUGGACGACGACUGAUUCGGGUAUACCGGACUCCGCUUCAUCCACAACUUGGCCACAAUAUCAGCUUGAGGAUGAGUAUCUGUUGUCUGCAUUUCUAGAAAGAAUGAGAAAUUACGCUGCUAUCGAAAGAGCUGAUCGUGAACGACACAAAUAUUCUAAAAGAAGAUCAAAUCUUGGUACUGUUCUUUCGGAUCGUUUUGGCCUGCAGACAAUGUACAACCGCCGAAAGGCAGCGUUGGCUGAACGAACAGAAAAAAAACUUCCUACAUUAGAACCUACAGACGAUGUUCCAUCGUUGGAUGAUUAUAUUUUUAGUGAACAGGAAAUAGUAAUAGUGGUCAUGCAACAGUUGCUAAGGAAAUGCCAAAUUGCAACUUUGAUGCAAGAAGCAAAACAACCUCUUGCCAAUGGACGACCUCUGUUGCCGAUUAGAACUCCUCUUGUUGGACGCCAUUCAAUACGUUGCAAACAGUGCGACCACAGUUUAUGCAAGGGAGAAUAUAGUCCUACAUCGAUUAAAUUCAAGAUCCAGGUUUUGGCUGGAAAUCAUGUGCCGGAUAUUCGUCUGUCACGUCAAGCAGCUCUCAUCAGCAAUCAGUGGUGUCCACUUUUUCUUACUGUAUCCAAUUUCUCCGCAAGUCUUGCACGCAUUAUAAUUGUUCCAUAUACAAGUGAAGAUAAAUCGUAUGUUAAGUGCGACUCACCUGUCAUUGAACUCUCUCUACCAAACAGAGAUGAUGCGAUGGAAUGGGAUGAAACAUUUGAAAAGUCUGCUAACGAAAGUGAAGGUUUCAUUGUAUUCAGACGACGGCAUCGCAUUGGUAUAAGAUUUAAUGUUUAUGCAAGUGAAGGUGAAAAUAGAAAAUUGGCGUUGAUUGUGAAAUAUAAUAACUGUAGUAGCUCUUUCGAACAUGGUGGUAAUCAGACUUGGCUUCAGCAUAAGGUGUGUGUAUUCCUGGGUAUGGCUAAAGCCGCAGAAGGAUUUGAUACUGCUGUUCUGUGUAAACUAUUCUGUUUAGCAGGAAUCACUGCAGCGAUGGGAACAAAGACAGGUGAUGAGAAAUUUGGUCAUGCAUUGCAUGACGAUCUCACAUUGUCUGCUAUCUGUAAGAAAAUAAAACAAAAAGCGAGCGAGGGGAAUAGGCGGGUUCGUUUAAGUCGACGUGCGUGGAAGUACCGGAUUGAUGAUGAUGAAAGCGAAAAAGAAAUUUGCAUGCAACGCUGCGCAUAUGUUAGUCGUCGAACGCAGCUGGCGUGUAAAAAUUAUCGGCCAUCCUCAGAGUUGACAGUUGAAGGUUUCUGUGAAGUGCAUACUCGUUUCUUCCAACAAUUGGCACAGCAUGCUAUGGCAGAACAGCGUCGCAUUGAAAAAACUUUGCUCAAUAAAGCGAAAGAUGUAUCCACGACCACUGAUGAUGAAACGCUGAUGACAGUAGAAGAUUGGGCUUGUGCAGAACAAGAUCUGUUCAAUGAUCUUCUUUUGGAUGACGAUGAUGAAGAUCCUCUGAAGAAUGCUGAAGUUUGGACUGAUGAAGAAGUAGUUCGCUGUCAACUAAUUGCUCUCGAGCGGAAAUUAUCUGUUACUCGUGAUUUGCGGAAAUUGAUAGCCGAAAAAGUCCGUCGUCUCACUGUUUCGUACGCCAAGGCUUUGGGUGAUCAAAAGAAAGAGGAACCAAAAGUUGAAGAUAGUCACUUACGGGAGAUUCAGCUUGCUAAUAGGAGGUACCACUCGCAUCAUUCGGCAAAGGACCAAUAUAUGUUAAGAAGGCUGAAAGCAAGGCUUGAGUGGGAUGGUUCUGAAGAACACAAAUUAGAUUAUCUUAAAACAGAUGACAUAAAAUGUGCACAAUGUAUCUUCCUUAUUCCUGAAAACAGUCUUCCGUCAAAUGACAAAUAUUACGAAGCAGUCACUGCAACAAAUUCUGAAAUAAGCAAAGAGUCAAACGAAGUGAGUGUAGAGCACGAUUCUCACAUUAUUCGAAUUCUAUUAAGCAAAUUAUGUGAACAAAUCGAGCGAGUUUUGGAUUUUGGGAAAGACCUGAAAUGUAUUUCUCAUGAGAAUGAAAAUGAGCUAGGGAUAAAGAAAGUGCAUCAUUGUUCGAACUGGACACUUCCAAAAAUGAAUCACUGUGUUGCACACAUUUAUGAUGAUCAUCGACAACGUCUUUUUGCACCAUGUAGAGAAUGCGGCGCCCUUGGUUUAGAUUUUGGUGAUGGAUCAAACUUCUGCUUCAGGCAUAUUGCUAAAAAAAAUCAUACUUCAACUAAUACUAUGGAACAAUGGGAAACAAUUACUGUGCAGCAAGGAGUAGUUCCAAUGAAUAACACAUCGAAUAUUCGCAGCGCUCUGUCUGUUGAACAGAGUAAUAUCCACACUCAGAAUGAUGUGAAGUCUGAUUCAAAGCCGUUAACAGAUCCUUCUAUUGCUACUGAUGCUAGAGGAGAUACUGAUGAAGAAAAUAAGGACUUACCAAUAAAAUUCGUUGUUAUUGAUGAAAGAAGAGAAGAGAAAAGUGGGACUGAUGUAAAAAUAAAUAUACCAGCUAAAGGGAUCUGUUUAAGAAACUCUGGAGACGUAUUACUGCAGCAUGGUGUGUCAAUACACAGGUCAUGGCAUGAAGAAGACCUUUAUUCUUGUGCUCGAACUAGACCCUUUGUGACUGAGAAUUUUCCCAAAACCAAAAUAAGACGAACUCCUGGAACUCGAUAUUCACUGUCAGACGUCAGAGAUUAUUUAGGCGGUAAUAUAUUAAGCCCCUCCAUAUAUCGUUCACAAGAACAGCUUUCGAAAUCAAUGGUACAGGAUCUUUUGAAUGGUGGACCGACCAGAGCAGCAGCAUCAGCAUCACAGUUAAUUUCUAGAAGAAUUGCAGCCCCCACUGCUGCUACUUUUACUCCCAAGAUUGGAUUCAGAAGAACUUUUUAUAAUACAGCAGUUAAUAGAUCGACUAUUGAGGCGCCUGAAAUGAUAUCAUUGGGUUCAACAAGCAGUGCAUCUCUUGCAUCAGCAUCGAUGAAUUUAACAUUUGCGUCUUCAAGAUCUGCCUUACAAAAACCAAUCGUAUUGCGAAAUCGCACAGGAACAUCUCCUAUCCCUGGUCAGCCGGUACGCUUACCAUCACGCUAUAUUGCUACUGUAGGCGCUUCUCGUCCAUUACCGAACUGGCGCAACCGCAGUACCAUUUCUUUGGAUAGUAGAAUAAGACGGGCACCAACAAAUGUUGUUUUACCAAUGGAUUACUCUAACCGACCUGUGAAUGCAGCAACAUCCAGAAUUGGCCCCUAUUUCCGACAACAUGACGAACGACAAUUCAUCAGUGGAAAUGCACGCUCGAGGCUUAUUGCCAUUGAUUCUUUGUCUUAUACUGCUCCACGGGUUCAAUCGCGUUCUUCGUAUCCUCUUCCGACAUUUCGACAGGAGAUCUCGAGGCCGGUGGUUUGUCGACCCCGCAUAACAACUGAACCGAGGGCACCAUCAACAGCCGAGACUCUGGAAACAGCAGCAGCUGUAGCUAGUAUAGCUGCAGAUUUAGAAGCAUCUGAGGAUAAGGAAGAUGAAGUUAAUGAAAUAAUUGGUAAGUCUGAAUCAUCUACUUGGCAGACCGCUGAAGAAUCACCAAUCAGUCAGAAAUUGCGUUCUGAACAACAUUUAACAACUGGAUCAGUUGAUAAAAAUGGAAAAAGGGAUGUACUAAAUGCAUCGGGAACCAACAGUAAACGCUCAGCUGCCUUGCUUUCGAGGCAGUCGAGUAGUGAAAGUACGGAAGAUGGAUUAGCGGUGCUUGCAAUGGCUGCUGCUUCACGAGCUUUCGAUUCUGAACAGUCAUCACCGCCUUCCAAAAAAUCCAAGUGA